GGAGGUAGUCUGCAACUUCGGAAAGAGUGCAGACUGAGCUUCAGCUACAGAUAGUCCUGGUAGUGGAAAGUGUUGUUUUGUGGACUGUUAAAACCGCAUAAGCGUCCGUGGAGCCUACAAGUGGGACCAUGGUGCAACAAACAGAACAUUGCGAGACGGAAGGUACCACGUCCAGGGAAACUACUGACAACGAAGAAAACGACCUGAUGGCUUGCAGCUCUGUGUCGGUGAAAGCCGACUGGUGCAAAACUGCAACCGGUCACAUCAAGCGACCGAUGAAUGCAUUUAUGGUUUGGUCUAAAAUUGAGAGGAGAAAAAUCAUGGAACAGUCCCCAGACAUGCAUAAUGCAGAAAUCUCAAAAAGACUGGGAAAGCGCUGGAAAAUGUUGAAGGAUAGCGAAAAGAUCCCUUUCAUCAGGGAAGCCGAAAGGCUCCGGCUUAAACACAUGGCUGAUUAUCCGGACUACAAGUAUAGACCUAAGAAAAAACCAAAGCUCGAUAGUUCGUCAAAAUCAACAUUGCCAUCGCCAGAGAAAUCGGGUAGCAAAACUGCCAAGACACCCGGUAAAAAAUGUUCUAAGUUAAAGACCGGUAAGGCGGUUUCGCGACCAUCUGCGGUCUACAGUUACCCUGAAAAGACUGAGAAGACUAUUAAACGCGAACUGAGUGACGAUGAAGAUGAUGAGGAAUACGAAGAUGAUCUCCCCAUCCGGAUUAAACAGGAGGAAGAUGAGGAACAGAUAAGGCUAUAUAAUGUGGCCAAAGUCCCCGCUAGUCCAACCUUGAGUUCUGCUGAGUCGGAGGGUGCGAGCAUGUAUGAUGAAGUGAGAAACGCAUCAUCAACCAGACUUUUCUACAAUUUCAAGAACAUUACAAAGCAGGGCAGCACGUACACAGCUUCCGUCUCACCAGCUUCAUCGUCUAGGUCUGUGUCUACCUCGUCCAGUGCCAGUGAAGACGUGGACGACCUGCUUGUGGACUUUAGUUUAAAUUUCGCAUCUAGUGCCCAAGGAUCGGAGCUAGGGAACACAAAUGCGGGCAAUCUCUCGCUUUCCUUUGUGGAUAAGGAUCUAGACUCCUUCAGCGAGGGCAGCUUGGGCUCUCACUUUGAAUUUCCCGACUAUUGCACCCCCGAGCUUAGUGAAAUGAUUGCAGGGGACUGGCUAGAGGCGAACUUUUCUGACCUGGUGUUCACAUACUAGUUUGUGGGGAAAGAGAAGAAAUGGAAAAACCAGUAAUAACUAUAAGAGGAAUAAGAAUAUGACCUAUCCAGAUUGUUCCAAGCUCUGCUUGCCUGUGGUUUAUUUUUGGGUAGGAAAAGGAGGUGUGACGACUGAGAACUCCAGAUGCAAAAGAAGGUUUUGUGGCAAGUCUGCUGAUUUGUUUUAGCCGUCCGCUUUAACAGGGUUUUGUGGAUUUUUUUUUCUGCGGGUCUGCAGUCAAAACUGUUCAGCUGCACUGGACCACAACGGGAAAACAAAUCUGAACCUCUAUGCAUCCUAAACUCCUUUUUUUCCUAACUGCAGGGAGUUGGAGGACGUGAGACUGGAGUGAUCUGUGGACUAACGCGUUUCAGGAUAUAAUGAACUUUAUAAGGGUUUUAUGUAAUUUCUAUAUGCCGCAAACCGUUUUGUUUUUGUACCCGGUUCAGUUUACCUCCUUGUCUGAGUAGAGGCUAAGCCGCUAUGUUGUACAGCUAUGGGGGGAACAUUUUGAUACAUGACAUACCUCAUCUUUUUAAAAGAAAAGUGAAAUAUUUUCAGGCAUAUUUUUGUACAGUCUAAAAGGGAAUGUUCUUAUCGUGCUUUCAGUGAGUUUUCAGGCACUUCUUCUACCCUCUGGGUUACUUUUUUCCUUUUAGCAUGCAAGAUUCUCAGUUUUUUUUAUUUUAUUUUGUAACGAUUUAACGUUAAAUUAAAACUUGCAUCUAAAUGCCUUGUGUUUUUAAGAUAGGGUUUGUACAGUUGUAGAUCAGAUUUGGUGCGUAAAUGUAGGAAGGCGUAAAUGGAAUUGAGGAUGUGAUAGAUUCCUCCGCUGGUACUAGUUAAGAUUGUAUGUACUGUAAUAUAGUAAAGUUAGCAGUCUAUGUAUAUUAAUGUGGAUGGGUCCCAAAUAGCAGGUGUAAAACUGGAUUUUCUUUGUCCUUAAUUUUUUAAUGGCACAUACUGAUUUGUUUCCUAUUUUGUGCAAUAUAUUCAACACACCAUCUGCAUUUUGUAGCAAAAGACAAACCUUAAAUGUCGUGAUGCUGAAGUCUGUAUCUUGACAAAAAUGAAUAAAUCAGCUGGAACUGA